AUGAUUUUUAUUAAACUGUGUGUAGUACUUUUCGUACCUCAUAUGAUUAAACCCGCUUCCUCCGCCUUAAAUAUAACAGUUGGGAUACUAGCACCACUCAAAGGACCCAAAGUGUUUGGAAACGAAAUAUUCCAUGUGAUUAAGGAUACAUUCAUUCUCAUUCGAGGUGAAUCCAGAUUUUCUGAAAUUCAGAGACUUGGUGUGAAUUUUAUUUGGAAAUUCCGAGAUACCCACUGUGAUAUUGGACAAGGUCUCUAUGAAUUAGUGUCCAUUAUGGACUUUGAGUCGGGUGGAGGACAAGAUAUAGAUGCCUUCAUAGGCCCCGUUUGUGACGACGUUUGUGAAGCUGCUGGCCAUUUGGCGAAAAAAUGGAAUCUUCCAAUGAUCAGUUUUGGAUGUGCAGAAAGAAUACUGUCAAAUAAAAUACUGUACCCUACCUUCGCUCGAGUCUCUACACCGUACAUGGAAAUGGAGAAAUUCAUUGAGGACACAAUCAGGCAUUUUGGUUGGAAUCGCGUUAUCGUUGCAGAAGGAGCUGAGAAAAUAUGGAGAGAAUCAGCGGAACAUAUAAAUGUGGAACUUGAAAAACAUGGUUUUGAUGUGAACUUAUUAACAGUUUACAACGAUCCUGUAUAUCUAACACAUCACCUUGAAAGAGAAUCCAAAACAACAAGGGUUUUCCUAAUAUAUGCUUACCCCAGAGACAUCAUGGGUAUAAUGUGUGCUGCGGCUGAAAUAGGUCUACUUAACGGAGAGUACGCUUUUCUGACCAUCGACUUUGGUCUGGCCUUUGAUGAGAAGGAAUUCGAUGAGAAGAAAUGUCCCCAUAAUGUCACCGAUGGAAUCUUGGACUUUGCUUUCGAUAUAGAGUCUUUGGUGAGCUACUUUGCUCAUGCAGACCACGGAAACUCUUCAGAAUUGGAAACAGAACUAGAACAUCCUAAAGUAAGAAAAAAAAUUAAGAAUGGAGUCGGACUACAUCUUCUAUCGGACGCUUUAUAUUUGUAUGCUAAGGCUUUGGAUCAGGCUUUGGCGGAGGGAUAUACCUCGAAAAACACCUCAAUUAUAGUACAAAAUAUGCAAAACGUGACCUUAAAAACACCAUUUGGAAGCUUUACAACCGAUGAGACUGGUACGAGAAAAACCACCUUUUCACUGUUUAAUAUAUUUCAUGAAGACUUUAAUGAAAUUGCAUCAUUUGACAGCACAACAACAACAUUUUUUACGAACAAAACCAUUCAUUGGCCCGGGAGAACUACAAUACAACCUCUUGGGAGACCUGUUUGUGGAUGGGAUGGAGAAUUCUGUGUGAAAAUCCAGUCUAACACAUAUCUCAUCGUCUCUGUGUCUGCAAUGGCUGCCCUGGUCGUGCUGCUCUUUGUUACAUUUGUUAUCAUAUUCUUCCAUAUGCGCAAAAAGAGAUUGUUGAAAGAGGAAAUGGAAAAUAUGCAAUGGAAGAUAUCAUUUUGUGAUCUAGACACCAGUUCUGGCAAAGUAUUUCAUAGCGUUUGUAGCAAGUCCUCUUUUCUGAACGAUACAAGAAGCCGAUCCCGAUCAAUAAGCGGCAAGACGGAAAUGUCUGCAACUCUCCAGAUAUUUACUAAAACCGCCAACUACCAAGGUUCCAUUGUAGCUAUAAAAUUCAUCAACAAGGCAUUUGUUGCCAUUACUACGUCUGUUAUCCAAGAAAUUAACCAGAUCCGCGGGUUAAAACACAACAAUGUAUAUACUUUGAUUGGUGCUUGCGUGGAUCCUAUGAAUAUCUAUAUUGUUAGUGCUUACUAUAACAAGGGGAGCUUACUAGAUGUUCUGUCAAAUACCAACAUAAAACUGGAUUGGAUAUUCAAACUUUCCUUUGCUUCAGACAUUGCAAAGGGCAUGGCGUACAUCCAUGAUUCAGUCCUGGAAUCUCACGGUAAACUGCGGUCUAGCAAUGUCUAUGUUGACUCUCGAUGGAUGUGUAAAGUUGGAGAUUUGCCUAUGCCUCACUUUUGUGAUGGCGCAAAAACCUGUGAUAAUGCAAAAAAUUCAGAAAAUUUUAAACUACUUUGGGUUGCCCCUGAGCUACUACGUCAAGUGUCUAUACCACCUAAAGGAACGCAAAAAGGGGAUGUCUUUGCAUUUGCUAUUAUUCUACAAGAAAUUAUCUUGCGUUGUGUGCCAUACGAAAACGAGACAUUGGAACCACAUGAAAUUGUACAGAGGGUACGUUUGAUAGAAUCACCCCCUUUUAGACCUAAAGUUCCAGUCAAUGCAGCUGAUCGGAAAAUAGUGGAAUUAAUGAGAAUGUGCUGGGAAGAAAUUCCAAUGUUUCGCCCAAAUUUUACAACAAUUUUAUCCGUUUUAAAACAGACAAAUAACGGAAGAAAAACCAAUUUAGUAGACCAAAUGAUGCAUAUGAUGGAGAAGUAUGCCGAUCAUUUAGAAGACUUGGUUGGAGAACGCACGCGCCAGUUAGAAGAAGAACAAAAAAAGACAGAUGAGCUCCUGCAUCGUAUGCUUCCAUCAAGUAUAGCUCAUGAUUUAAAAUACGGAAAACCGAUCCACCCGGAAAGUGUUGAGUGUGUCUCUAUCUUCUUUAGUGAUAUAGUACAGUUUACGAAACUGGCAUCAGAGAGUACUGCAAUAGAGAUUGUGAAUUUCUUAAACGACUUAUACACCUGUUUUGACACCAUAAUUGAACACUUUGAUGUAUACAAGGUAGAAACCAUUGGUGACGCGUAUAUGGUGGUAAGUGGACUUCCGGUUAAGAAUGGCUUACGUCAUGCCAGUGAGAUAGCCACUAUGGCCCUUAACCUUCUGAGUUGUGUGACAACGUUUGAGAUACGCCAUCGUCCAGGAAGACAACUACAGCUAAGGAUAGGGAUCCACAGUGGCCCGGUGUGUGCAGGAGUGGUAGGUCUUAAGAUGCCGAGGUAUUGUUUGUUUGGGGACACAGUAAACCAUGCCGCAAGGAUGGAGUCCUCCGGGUUAGCUCUUCGUAUCCAUGUAAGUCAACCGUGUCGGAAUAUUUUGGAGAAACUUGGAGGAUUUCAUCUAACUUACCGUGGUGAAAUAACAAUGAAGGGCAUUGGAACAGUGCCAACUUAUUUCCUGACAGGAAAGGACGGCUUUACAAAACAACUACCUUCUUUAGAUUUAGCGGCCUCCUUAGAAGACCAUGAAUUCAAAUAACCAACAAAGAUAUGCCAAACCUUAGAUAAAAAUAGGAGACAACGAAUAUGACCAUGCCAAAAUUAAAAAAAUAAAAUUAAUCAUAUUUUUUAGAUUAAUGUCAAACUUGUAACAUUCAGGAAUCCUGUUUUGUAAACGUGUGAAGACUCGGUGACGUUUUACUUGGGUGAGAUAUUUGGAGACAGAAGUGUUUUUCCAAGUAACUCUUAAUAUCAUAGCGCUACUUAAGUUGCCAUAUAUACCGGUAUUGUUCUAUAUGGGUUCAAAUGAAAAUACCACUUGAAUGAUUAAUAUUUCUUUAAAAAUUCUUAUUUGUA